UUUUCAUAUUUAUCUACAUUUUUCUCUUUUCUUUUUGUUCUUGUUUUUUAAAAAAAAUUAUGAGCACAACAACUUUAUUUGACGCAUUAAGAAAUGCAAACCUUGAUCAAUAUUACAAUAGGUAACCAUUGUUGUAUUUUACUAGAGCUUUGCUGAUGCAAGUGUCGAUGCAUAUAGCUUUUUGUCUUUUGGUAUCUCACAGCCAAAUGCUUUGGCAAAGAUAUCAAUGCAAGACUAUGGCGGUUUAGGAAUAAGUUCUAUUUCAGAUAGAAAGCGUUUGUUUCAACUUAUUCAGACACUACGACUUGAACAACAAGAGACACUUUCUUCUCCUACAAGUCGUGAGUUCUUCGCAGAUAAUUCAACUCAAACACCGUUCUUGGUUCCUGCUAAAGCCACUAAGAUCAAACUAUCAUCCAAUAAUAACAUGGUUGGCUUAUCAAGUGCAUCGUUCGCAAAACCCAACCUUAUAUCACCUAAAGAGCCUUCCAUGCAACAAGUCAUACCUGGUAAUAUAUCAUCGCCUCGAUUCAUGCGAUCUUCUUGUCGCUCUCCUAUUGUGACAAAAAGAAUGCAGCUACCAGUCUAUGUUCGCAAACAACAAACUGAAGAAGAAAGCGACGAAGGCGAUGAUGAAGACGACAGGGAAAUCGUAAAGAGUAAUAACAAUGGGCUAUUAAACCCUUAUGGCUUGCCAAUCAACCAUCAACGUCAACAUCAAAAAAAGAGUGAUUUAAAUCAAAGAAUUCGCGUUUGUGUAAGAAAACGACCCCUCUCUAAGCAAGAAAUUCGAAGACUUGAAAAAGACAUUACACCUGUAAAUGGCGUACGUACUGUCCAUGUGAAUGAACCAAAAGUCAAGGUAGAUUUGACAAAAUACAUUGAACAACAUACAUUUACUUUUGACGACGUAUUUGAUAUAAAUGAUACAAAUGACUAUAUUUAUCAAAGAACGGCGCAGCCUCUAGUGAAAUACAUGUUUCGUGGCGGCAAAGCAACCUGCUUUGCUUAUGGACAAACAGGGUCAGGAAAGACAUAUACGAUGAUGGAUUUAAAACAUGGACUUUACGCUUUAGCAGCACAUGACAUAUUCCAGCUACUUCAAGAACCCGAAUAUCAGCAUUUGUGUGCAUGGAUAGGGUUUUAUGAAAUUUAUCAAGGCCAACUGUACGACUUAUUGGCAGAUCGUAAAAAAUUAUUUGCAAGAGAAGAUGGAAAACAAAAUGUCGUUAUUGUAGGCUUAAAAGAAUACAUGAUUAAGAAUGUGUCUGAUUUAAUGCAAGUCUUUGAAUACGGAAAUCAAGUACGAACAACGGGAACAACAGGUGCAAACUCGGAUUCUUCCCGAUCCCAUGCUAUCUUGCAAGUCUUGUUGAAACCAGCCUCAGCUGGAAAAAAGAAAUUAGUGGAACCCAUUGGAAAAUUAAGUUUUAUAGACUUGGCUGGAAGUGAACGUGGUGCAGACCGUGGUGAAACAGAUCUAAAGACAAGAAUGGAGGGAGCAGAAAUCAAUAAGAGCCUACUUGCAUUAAAAGAAUGUAUUAGAGCUUUAGAUCAAGACAAAAAACAUACACCAUUUCGGCAGAGUAAAUUAACUCAGGUCCUAAAAGACUCAUUUGUGGGCAACUCUCGUACUUGCAUGAUUGCCACUGUAUCACCUAACCAAUCUAAUAGCGAACAUACUUUAAAUACAUUACGCUAUGCUGAUCGUGUCAAAGAGCUUGGAUGUGAUUACACAGAUGAGCAAAAGGCGAUAAGCAACGUCAUACAUGUUCAACCAAAAGAAGAAGAGAAGGAGAAAGAGGACAAAAAUGAAAUGUCCUUUGAUAAUGAAGAUUUCCCUUGUUUAGAAAUUGAGGGAGACUCUUUAUUAGAUACAGAAUUUCCACAUGAACUUCUAUCUACUCCAAAAAGCGUGUAUAAGCCUUUAUCCGUUAGUCCAGCCCAAUGCAGUACAGGCAACCAUUUCAAUAAAGCAGCUAUUGAGGAAUUCCUUGUGCAACACAGGGCAGAAAUUCGUGCAACAAAUGAAUGCUCAAAGAAAGAAUUACGACACUUGACAAACAUAUCUCUUGAAAUAACAAAAGACCAAGGACCUGAAAUCUCGGGCGAAUUUAUUGACUAUCUGAGUGAUUUAAACGAGCUUUUAGUGGAAAAGUCGGCUGCCAUUGAUCGUCUAAAAGAUAAAAUUCGAUUGAUCCUGUUAUCAUGUCAAGCAAUAUUAUCCCUCGCCCUAUUGGUAUUGCUCACUUGCCAAAUCAAAAACACAGGAUUAUAUCGAAAAAAGGGGCUCGCUUUACUCUUAUGGUUUGUGGUAAGUGUUUGUUGUGUCUUGUAUAGACUAAACAAUGAAAUAGGCGAGUCUGGAUUAGGAAAGACUACUUUUGUGAAUACACUUUUUGCCACAACCAUCAAGCAAUAUAAAUUGCCGGAAAAAAGAUAUGAAAAACAAUUAGACAAGACUGUGGAAAUCGAAAUCACAAAAGCAGAAUUGGAGGAAAAGAUGUUUCGUGUCAAGUUGUCAGUGAUUGACACACCAGGAUUUGGUGAUUAUGUGAACAAUAGAGAUAGUUGGGUAACUGUGGUUGAUUUUAUUGAUGAUCAGCAUGAGAACUAUAUGCGACAAGAGCAACAGCCUUCUCGUCAAGGAAAGGUUGAUAUGCGUGUUCAUGCCUGUCUUUACUUUAUUAGGCCUAAUGGACACAGUCUAAAAUCACUAGAUGUUGAAAUAAUGAAGCGUCUUGGUUCUCGAGUCAAUCUGAUUCCUGUGAUUGCUAAAGCUGAUACCCUGACACCUAAUGAUCUACAGCAAUUUAAAGAAAACAUUCGUAAAUCUAUACAACAAAACAAUAUCAAUGUGUAUGUAUGUGCAGUAGAAAGCGAUGACGAGGAAACGACUGCUCGUAACCAAGGCAUUGCUCAUGCUUCUCCAUACUCCAUCAUUGGAUCAACACAGAUUGUGAAUACAACAGAUGGUAGACAAGUUCGAGGUCGCGAAUACAGUUGGGGUGUUGCUGAAGUUGAGAAUAAUAGCCAUUGUGAUUUCAUCAAACUUAGGAAUUUAUUGAUCCGUACCCAUAUGCUCGAUCUUAUAUCCUCGACAGAAGAAACCCAUUACGAACAUUAUCGCCAACAACAAAUGGCUACUCGUAAAUUCAGUGAACCAAAAUUAAAAAAAGUUGAAAAUCCCAAAUUCCGUGAAAAGGAAGAAGCUCUUAGAAAAUCGUUUACUGAAAAAGUUCGAAAUGAGGAAAUACGAUUUCGCCAAUGGGAGCAACAGCUUAUUAGUGAAAGAGAUCGUUUAAAUAAGGAUUUAGAGACUCAACAUGCUCAUAUUAAAUCACUGGAAGCUCAAUUAGACCAACUCUACCAAACAGGAGGAAGAAAUGGUAGCACCGCUAAACGAUAGUUUUAUUAUAUUUUUAAUAAAAAAAAAAGACUGCAUAUAAGUUUUCAUGCAUGAAA